AUGCAAUUCGGAGAAUCAAAUGUGACGAAGGACGUCCAGCUUGCGAGAGAUGUUCGCUCCAAGACUGGCCGUAUUUGCGACGGAUAUGAGAAUCCAACGUUAGCGACAGUUAACACUGCGUCGUUGACAUUGACUCGCAUCGCUAAUUCGUCCGCCACUUCUCAAGAAGUCCGAGCCUUGCAAUUUUUUGUAGAGCGAACAGCCGUACAGUUUGGGACCUUUGUACCAGACGAUCUUUGGAGUAGCCGAGUUCUUCAGCUGGCGCAUUCCAAUAAAUGUAUCCGCCAUGCCCUGGUCGCAUUGUCAUCAUACCAUGAACGAUACUGGAGUCGUGAUGUAGGCGGAGAAACACCAUACGGUUUGCGUCAGUACAAUUUGGCCAUCAGCGACCUUGUCAAGUCCGGGGCAGACCGGCCAUCAUAUCUCCACAUUCAACUUGUUUCUUGUACCAUAUUCAUCUGCAUCGAGAUUUUGAGACGAAACAUAAAUAAUGCCAUAUAUCUCUUCAAAUACGGCUGCAGGAUGAUUGAAGGUGCUAUGAAGCAAGCCAGAAAAGGAGGCUACAUAGGCGGUGCAACGGGUAUAUCAAUUGAGCCCAUCCUCAGACUUGUUGAAGCAUUCUUUGCUCGUAUCUCAACCCAAGUCUUUCUGGCCAUUGGUGGUGAUAUUGAUCACAAGCUGGCUGAUAUUAUUUCGCCGAUGCUGAAAAUUCGGUCAGCGACAAUGGCCCGUAAAAUUACUUUGUCUUCGAUCCAAGAGGCACGAGAUACAUUACUCAAGCUUGCUCUGCAGUACCGGCGCGACAUGACGAUGGCUCAAUCUAAGGCUUUGGGUGUCCGAUUCGACUCUUGGAUCGAAGCCUUUGACGAAUUUCGCAAGACCAUUGACAAGAAUACCCUGAACGCAACCGAUAGGCGAGCUUUCGCGCUUUUAGAGUUGCACAAGCGAUACCUCUAUAUCAACAUCGCUGCGUUAAAUCAGCCCGACCGCGAAGAUCCGUCCAUGUGGGACCUAUGGACUGACAAGUUCCGCGAAAUGAUUGAGUUUGCAGUUGAGGCUGGAGGGUUCGAUGCUGCCGAAGCACCAACAGAUCAACAACCACAGUUUUACAUGGAAAUUGGUAUUCUGCCUGCACUGUUCUUUUUGAGUGCUAAAUGCCGGGAUCCGGAAGUGCGACGGAGAGCGAUAGAAAUCAUGGAGUCUAACCAUAUUCAAGAAGGUAUAUGGAACAGUGAGAUGGCUGCCAAGGUUGCUAAGAAAGUGAUGGCCCUUGAGGAAGGAGAGUUUAUGGUCAAAUCAAGCAAUGAUAUCGAUGACCUUGCGCGGGUCCGUCGCGUAGCAGUCCAUGCUGGACCAGAGGUGACAUAUCUGAACAUAGGCUAUGAACUGCACAGUGGAUGGGUGGAAGAAGAACUUGACUAA